CCAUUAAGUAACAGUUAGCCAAGACCUAUGGCUCAAAUGUGUAUUUGAAGAAUGUCUUGAUGUUUAUUUUUGUCCUUUUGAUGUUGAUCAACAAAUCAACCUUGUGUUUAAGACCAUAAGUGAUGUACUGCAUGCACCACUUACUAAAAAACAGGAUGUGUCUUACCACACAGUGACUCUGCCAGCACACAUAGCAAGUAGCCUCUGGUUAAAAUACUUCCUCUUUGAUCAAGGUAGGCGUUAAGACUUUGACAUGCUGGCAUUCAAAACGCACAGAAAGACCGAGCACUCAUAGGGGUAAGACGAUAAGAAACUCUGAAAACAGUUUGGACCAGAAUAUGGCUGAGGUGAUUUACACCACGGCCAACAUGGCCAGGAACACACAAGGAGAGAGAGAGGAGAGGAUAGUGGACAUCUACGCUACCAGUGAGAGCCUCGGAGAUCAACCCCAGGACUAUGUGGGGACAGAGGAGUCCUCCAAUACUCUGGGAACAGUAAGAAGUCAGCAGCCGGACCCUGUGAGCCGGACCCCUCCUAGGUGUCCGAUCAGGGCUGUGGUGGUGCUUCUGGUCCUGCUGUCUCUUACCCUACUGGCUGGACUGCUUCGGUUUGUAAUGCAACACAAGACCGUAUGCAUGGACGGAGACUUGGAGCAACAUAACCAAAGGCUGGAGAAUAUGACAGAGCAACACAAGACCGUAUGCAUGGACAGAGACGUGGAGCAACUUGAACUUCACCAAAGGCUGAAGAAUGUGACAGAGCAACACAAGACCGUAAGCAUGGAGGUGGAGCAACUUCUCCAAAGGCUGAAGAAUGUGACAGAGCAGAGGGACUCACGGCUUUGUAAUCAGGAAUGUCCAAUUGAUUGGAAUAAGUUUGGUUGUAAAUGUUAUUUCAGUGUGUGGGGAUCCUGGAAUAAGAGCAGGGAGCUCUGUGUUUCCCUCGGAGCAGAUCUGCUGGUGGUGGACAGUAAAGAGGAGAUGGACUUCAUUAGCGGGUACGACGGGGACCCCUGGCUCGGAGCGACAGAUGAGGCCAGUGAAGGGUCGUGGAGAUGGGUUGAUGGGACCGUCCUGUCAGCGGAUAACCCCCCCUGGAGAAGAGGGAAACCUAGUGGAGGCAAGAAGAAGAACUGCUUAAGGAAGGUCUGGGAGCAUCCUAACUUUAAAUGGACAGAUGAGAGCUGUGAAGACUACAGAUAUGGGCUUUGUGAAUUUAAUGAAAUGAUGGAUGAAAGCAUUUCUUUGUCUGACAGAUGUGUUUCUUUGACUAUUUUUUUUAUCUCAAUGCCAACUAACAUUCGUUGUUUUGUUUCAUACUUGUUGAGUUCUGCCAUUCGAUAAGAGCUGUGAUUGGCUGCAAGGUUUUUUAUCUCCUUAAAAGGAGAUGACAUGAAGACUUCACUGGUCACUGCAGGAACUGUACAUAGAUGCUGUUCUUGUUACAUUAUUUUUUCAAUGUUUCCACAGUUGCUCUCGGUGUUGGAGGCUGAGGUUAGGGGGUAAAGAGUCAUGACAGUCAUUGGCUGGUUUUUAGUUGCUAUAAACCACACUAGUUCUCUAUUUAGGGCUUCAUUUGCUGGCUUUGCCUUUGUCCCCUCAGCUUAUUAUUUAAUAAUUUUCCAUUAAAAUGUAUCUCGACUUUGUCACCAUGCAGUGAUCACUAUAAAACACUUGUAUAAAUUGUCUGUUGGUUCUACGGUGUUCAGAGAGAACAGUAGACUUGUGUCUGUCUGAAUGGGCUUGUAGGUCUGCACUUAGUUUUGCGUUACUGGAUGAACACUUUUGAAGGUACAUAUGCAUACAUGCAUUCUCACGCAUACAGUAAUUUGUAAAUUACAUUGAAUAUGUACAUUUUGUGUCCAUUCAGCUGUGUUUGCUGUAGUGAAUUUGAGCUUUUAUUAAAGCAGCUCUUGAUUAAUAUG